AUGCUGUGCAACCUGAAAUGGAGUCUCCUCCCGGCUAUGCUAAAAGCCAGGAGUUUUAUUGCCGAGAUGAAAAUAUACGUGAAGUCCAUCAGCAAACACGUAUUGGCCAGAGAACAUGGAUCAAACAAGCAAGUGGCUUCUAAAUCUUGUGCUCUCUCUUUGGUGCGCCAAUUGUACCACAUGAAUGUCAUUGAAUCUUAUACAGGACAAAAGAAGAAGAAAGAUGCUGAUAAGAUACCACCCUUUGAGGUUGCUGUCAGCCCAGAACUGGAAGCUAACCUUGACGAAGCCCUGCAGUCUUGGAACAUCACCCCUACUCAAGUGUCUGUAUCCUGUACGGAGCCAGUCUCUCUAGUAACUCAUACUCAACUGGAUGAGUUUGUUCCAGCACCAAAACGUCCUCAGCCGGGCGUGGUGUCUUGGUGUCCACCACAACCCAAUUGGAAUCCUUGGACAAAUUGUAAUAUUGAUGAAGGACCCUUGGCACAUGUAAGAAAAAUCCUCUUUAUUAAUCUUAAUUUAAUUUUUAAUUUUAUUCCUCCGCUCCUCUUCUUUUUCUAUUCCUCCGCUCCUCUUCUUUUUCUAUUCCUCCGCUCCUCUUCUUUUUCUAUUCCUCCGCUCCUCUUCUUUUUCUAUUCCUCCGCUCCUCUUCUUUUUCUAUUCCUCCGCUCCUAUUCCUCCGCCCUCCUCUUCUUUUUCUAUCCUCCGCUCCUCUUCUUUUUAUUCCUCCGCUCCUCUUCUUUUUUCUAUUCCUCCGCUCCUUCUUUUUCUAUUCCUCCGCUUUUUCUUUUUUCUUUCCGCUCCUCUUCUUUUUCUAUUCCUCCGCUCCUCUUCUUUUUCUAUUCCUCCGCUCCUCCUCCACUUUUGUUUUUUCUUUCUCUAUUUCAUUUAUCAUUCAUUUUCUCUCUCUCUCACUUUCUUUCUCUCUCGGUCUAUUGUUUUCUCUCUCAUUUCCCUUUCUUUCUCUCUGGUUCUCUUUCUCUCUGUUUCAUUUCUCUUGUUUUCUCUUUUUCUUCUUUUUCUCUUUUUCUUCUUUUUCUUCUUUUUCUUCUUUUUUUCUUCUUUCUUUCUUUUUUCUUUUCUCUUUUUCUCUCUUUUCUUUUUUUCUUUUUCCUUUUUUUCUUUCUUUUCCUUUUUUUCUUUUUCUCUCUUCUUUUUUUUCUCUUUUUUUCUUUUCCUUUUUUCUUUUUUCUCUUUUUCUUUUUUCCUCUUUUUUUUUUUCUUUUUCCUUUUUUCUUUUUUUUCUUUUUUUUCCUCUUUUUUCUCUUUUUUUCUUUUUUUCUUUUCUCUUUUUUUCUCUUUUUUUUUUUCUUUUUCCUCUUUUUUCUCUUUUCUUUUUUUCUUUUUUCUCUUUUCUUUUUCCUCUUUUUUCUCUUUUCUUUUUUCCUCUUUUUUCUCUUUUCUUUUUUCCUCUUUUUUCUCUUUUUUUUUUUCUCUUUUUCCUCUUUUUUUCUCUUUUUCCUCUUUUUUUCUCUUUUUCCUCUUUUUUUCUCUUUUUCCUCUUUGUUUCCAGGAGCAACAAUGGAACAAAUCAGCCAGGAUGUGUACCAGUCACUAGAAGAACAGAAGGCCAAUGAUAGGGAACUCCAAAACAUGCUGAAUGAUCGUUCUAUGCUCCCCAUCCAUAAUUCCAGAGAUCACAUUAUUCAUGUCAUCAAAACCAACCCCGUUGUACUCAUUAGAGGCGAAACUGGAUGCGGUAAAACUACCCAGGUUCCUCAGUUCAUUUUGGACGGCAUGAUUGCAGAAGGCAAAGGCGCCGACUGUAACAUCAUCGUAACUCAGCCUAGAAGAAUCAGUGCCGUAUCCAUUGCUGAGAGGGUUGCCAUGGAAAGGAAUGAGAACUUGGGGCUGAGUACUGGGUACAGCGUUAGAUUUGAAAGUGUCCUACCUCGGCCAUAUGCUGCCAUCUUGUACUGUACAUUGGGAACCCUGCUGAGACGAUUGGAAAACGGCUUACGUGGUGUGUCUCAUGUCAUCGUGGAUGAAAUCCAUGAAAGAGAUAUCAAUACUGAUUUCCUUUUAGUAUUAUUACGGGAUAUGUUGGCAGCUUACAGUGAACUACGUGUGGUGCUCAUGUCAGCCACAGUGGAUGUAAGCCUAUUCUGUGAAUACUUUGGGAACUGUAAUGUUGUCGAGGUAUAUGGUCGCGUUUAUCCAGUUCAAGACUAUUUUCUAGAAGAUUGCAUUCAAAUGACCAACUUUGUCCCUCCUCCAACUGAUAGAAAGAAAAAGAAGGAGAAGGAAGAAGAUGGAGAGGACAUGGAAAAAGAAGAAAACUGCAAUUUAAUGGUGUCUGGCGAUUAUUCAGAAGCAACCAGAAGAGCAAUGGCGAUGUUAAAUGAAAAGGAAAUGUCCUUUGAAUUGAUUGAGUCUUUGCUGCGUUACAUCAAAGGGCUGAAUAUUCCUGGCGCUGUGCUCAUUUUCUUACCCGGUUGGAAUUUAAUCUUUGCUCUUCAGAAACAUUUGGAAAUGUCACCUGAAUUUGGUUCUUCAAGAUACCGAAUUCUUCCACUUCACUCUCAGAUCCCAAGAGAAGAUCAAAAGAAAGUCUUUGAACCUGUACCUGUAGGAAUUGUGAAGAUAAUUUUGUCAACGAAUAUUGCUGAAACCAGUGUCACCAUCAAUGAUGUUGUGUAUGUAGUUGACUGUUGCAAGGCAAAAAUGAAAUUGUUUACAUCGCACAACAACAUGACAAACUAUGCUACCUUAUGGGCAUCAAAGACUAACUUGGAACAAAGACGUGGACGCGCCGGUCGUGUCAGGCCUGGAUUCUGUUUUCACCUCUGUAGCAGGGCGAGAUAUGAGAGGUUGGAACAACAUACAACUCCAGAGAUUUUCCGUACCCCAUUGCAUGAAUUAGCCCUUGCCAUUAAGCUGUUACGGCUGGGAUCAAUUGGGCGGUUCUUGGCUAAAGCUGUUGAACCGCCUCCCAUUGAUGCUGUCAUAGAAGCUGAAGCACUUCUGAAAGAAAUGCGUGCUCUGGAUGCAAAUGAUGAAUUAACACCUCUGGGUCGUAUCUUGGCCAGACUUCCCAUUGAGCCUCGCCUUGGAAAGAUGAUGAUCUAUGGAUGCCUGUUUUAUUGUGGAGAUGCUGUGUGCACUGUUGCAGCUAGCACCACAUUUCCAGAGCCUUUUAUCACACAUGACCGUAAACGUCUGGGUUGGGUGCACAAGAAUUUGGCAGGUACCAGAUGUAGUGACCACGUUGCCCUACUAAAUGCAUUCCAACUAUGGGAAGAUGCCAGAAUGGCAGGUGAAGACAGUGAAGCUUGUUUCUGUGACAAUAAAUCUUUAUCUAUGCCCACACUUCGGAUGACAUGUGAAGCAAAGAACCAACUGAGAGAUAUUCUCACCAAUGCAGGUUUUCCAGAUGAAAGUAUGCUGCCCAAAGUCUACAAUUAUACGGGUCCUGAUGGCAGUCUCGAUAUUGUGACAACUCUUCUUUGCAUGGGUCUCUAUCCCAACGUCUGUUACCAUAAAGAGAAACGUAAAGUGCUGACAACUGAGAGCAAACAUGCUCUCGUACACAAGUCAUCUGUGAACUGCAGCAAUUUUGAAAUUCAUUUCCCAUCUCCGUACUUCAUUUUUGGUGAAAAGAUCCGUACCAGAGCUGUAUCCUGUAAACAAAUGACCAUGGUAACUCCACUCCAGCUCUUGCUGUUUGCAUCUCGGUCCGUUGUCUACCAUGAAGGUCUUGUCAUCCUUGAUGAUUGGAUCAAUCUAAAAAUGGACCCAAAUGUUGCAUCAAAAAUUGUUGCAUUACGCCCAGCAAUGGAAGCUCUGAUUGUGCGUACAACUCAAAAUCCUUCCGUGAUUGCCCAGCCUAGCCAACAAGAAUCUUCCCUGAUGAAUAGCGUGAGGGUCUUGUCUCAGCCCAGUGCAGGACGCUUUGGAAUUGCUGACCAGUCUGACAAAAAUGGUCCUCCAAAUAAAUUUGCCAGGUUCGGUGGAGGCAGCCGAGGUUUCCGGGGUUUCAGCCGAGGAGGCAACUUUGAAGGUGGGUCUCGUGGUGGCUACAGCAGCAACUAUGGUGGUGGUUAUCGUGGAGGGAUGAGUACUGGCUUUACCAACAACUGGAGAGGAGGAGGAGGUGGCGGCUAUCGAGGCGGCUACCGAGGAGGAAGUGGAGGUUACAACAGAGGUGGCUACAGAGGAGGUGGCGGUGGCUACCAAGUGUCAACUUUUGUUUGUUUCUUUUCUUUUUAUUUUUCUUUUCUUUUUAUUUUUCUUUUCUUUUUAUUUUUCUUUUCUUUUUAUUUUUCUUUUCUUUUUAUUUUUCUUUUCUUUUUAUUUUUCUUUUCUUUUUAUUUUCUUUACUUUUUAUUUUCUUUACUUUUUAUUUUCUUUACUUUUUAUUUUCUUUACUUUUUAUUUUAUUUUCUUUUACUUUUUAUUUUCUUUUCUUUUUAUUUUAUUUUCUUUUUCUUUUUAUUUUCUUUUUUCUUUUUAUUUUCUUUUUUCUUUUUAUUUUCUUUUUUCUUUUUAUUUUCUUUUUUCUUUUUAUUUUCUUUUUUCUUUUUAUUUUCUUUUUAUUUUCUUUCUUUUUAUUUUCUUUUUUCUUUUUCUUUUCUUUUUUCUUUUUUCUUUUCUUUUUUCUUUUCUUUUUCUUUUCUUUUUUCUUUUCUUUUUCUUUUUUUUCUUUUCUUUUUCUUUUCUUUUUCUUUUCUUUUUCUUUUCUUUUCCUUUUUCUUUUUCUUUUCUUUUCUUUUCCUUUUCUUUUCUUUUUUUUUUUUUUUCUUUUUUUUUUUCUUUUUCUUUUUUCUUUUUCCUUUUCUUUUUUCUUUUUCCUUUUCUUUUUUCUUUUUCCUUUUCUUUUCUUUUUUCUUUUUCCUUUUCUUUUCUUUUUUCUUUUUUCUUUUUUUUUUCUUUUCUUUUUUCUUUUAUUUUCUUUUUUUCUUUUCUUCAGCCUUGUUAUCUUGUCCACCCCCCCUCUCUCUUUUCCCCCCCUCACUCCCCCCUUUUCCACCCUCUCUCUCUCCCCUCUCUCUCUACCCCUCUCUCUCUCUACCCCUCUCUCUCUACCCCUCUCUCUCUACCCCUCUCUCUACCCCUCUCUCUCUACCCCUCUCUCUACCCCUCUCUCCCCCUCUCUCUACCCCCUCUCUCUACCCAACCCUUCCAACCCCCUCUUCUCUACCCCUCUCUUUCCAACCCCUCUCUUUUCCAACCCCCCCUCUUUCCAACCCCCCCAAUCUUUCCUACACUAUACCUACAUUUUUGGCAAAAGAGGCGAAAUACACAGUUGAAGAAAAAUUUUAUUUUUUAAAUUGUUUUCUCUCUCUGCUCUCUCUCUCUGCUCUCUCUCUCUCUGCUCUCUCUCUCUCUGCUCUCUCUCUCUUUGCUCACUCUCUUUCUGCUCUUCUCUCUCUCUUUCUGCUCUCUCUCUCUCUCUUUCUGCUCUCUCUCUUUCUGCUCUCUCUCUUUCUGCUCUCUCUCUUUCUGCUCUUCUCUCUUUCUGCUCUUCUCUCUUUCUGCUCUUCUCUCUUUCUGCUCUUCUCUCUUUCUGCUCUUCUCUCUUUCUGCUCUUCUCUCUUUCUGCUCUUCUCUCUUUCUGCUCUUCUCUCUCUCUCUCUCUUUCUGCUCUUCUCUCUCUCUCUCUCUUUCUGCUCUUCUCUCUCUCUCUCUCUUUCUGCUCUUCUCUCUCUCUCUCUCUUUCUGCUCUUCUCUCUCUCUCUCUUUGCUCUUCUCUCUCUUUAUUUUCUCAGAACUUUUGCAUACAUUUUGAAAAUUUUCCACUUGCAUUUAAGUACGGAAUUUGAAACGAGAACUAAACUUUGGCUCUCACUUUCUUCCAUUUCCUUCCCUCCCACUUGUUUCUUUUUUUUUCUUCCUUUCUUCCAUUUCCUUUUCUCCCCCACUUUUCUUUUCUUCCGUUUCCUCCCCCACUUUUUGUUUCUUUUCUCUCCCCCCCACUUUUGUUUUCUUUUCUCUCCCCCACUUUUGUUUCUUUUCUCUCCCCCACUUUUUUUCUUUUCUCUCCCCCCCCCUCUUGUUUCUUUUCUUCCCCCCCUCUUGUUUCUUCUCCCCCUCUUGUUCCCCCCCACUUUUGUUUCUUUUUUUUUUUUUUUCUUCUUUUUUUUUCUCCUCAUCUCUUCCAUCCCCACCCCAAUUCUCUUUAAGAUAGACUAG